UUUACCUAACUACCCACGCAGCAAUUUCGCAAAGUCGCGCGCGCUCGCCUUUCUCUCUCUCUCUCUCUCUCUAUUUGUAGGGGUCUGCUUCAAUGGCGGCAACGAGCUCAGAUCCCGUCUCCGUUUCUCGAAGCCACGGCGUAUCUGCCUUGGGCGAGAUGUCUUUGUUGAAGAAAAGGAAAUUUUCUCCGAGUACGGUUGCUUUAAGGACUGCAGAUUAUGAUUGCAUCGCAGCGUUGUUACCGACAUUGACCUACGAUGAUUAUUAUAUUGAGCCAUCCUUGAUAGAUUUAGCUAACAGAGAACAUGCUGAUGCUGGAUACUGCAGCAGAGUUUCCAAUUUUACGGUGGGUAGAGUGAAUUAUGGGAGCAUUAGAUUCUUCGGUGAAACGGAUGUGAGGUGGUUGAAUUUGGAUCAGAUUGUCCGUUUUGACCAGAACCAAGUUGUUGUUUAUGAAGAUGAAGGCAGCAAACCUAAAAUUGGCUCUGGCCUUAAUAAGGCUGCUGAAGUCACUUUGGUACUUAACUUUCCUCCUAAGGAGGCCUUAUUUGCUUUAGAUGACAACGGUAUGGAAAAUUUUGUAUUCAAAUUGAAGAACAAGACAGAGAAGCAGGGCGCCCGUUUUAUUUCAUUCAAUGCUUCUAAUCGUGAAUGGAAGUUUGCUGUCCGUCAUUUUAGUAGAUUUGGAUUUACCGAGGAAGACGAGGAUGAUAUGGACAUAGCUGAUGCAACUGUAGAGGAAGGUCCAGAAAAUUCACGUGAGGGAACUAGGGAAGAGGAGAAAAGGCAUGAGAAUGAUGGAAUGAUGGUUGAUGAUCCGAGGCUUAGUCCAUCUGGAGCUGUAUUGUCUCAUUCUCUUCCAGCACAUCUUGGUCUUGAUCCUUUGAAGAUGCAGGAAUUAAGAAUGGUAAUGUUUCCCACUGGAGAGGAGGAUGAAGAGCUUUUUGAUUCCUUUUCCCGCCAGAAGCUGUCCUUUAAGAAACAAGCUUCAAGAACUGAUGCUGCCAAUACCCCUCCUUUGACAAGUGGUCAGGUCUCAACACUCCAAUCAUCUGGUCAGAGGAAAAGUCACAGGAUAACUCCAACUGCAAUAUGGGGAACACCGAGCCCUCUAAGUUCAUCUCCAUCCAGUAAGCAGGCAUUAAUUGAGUAUGACGUUAGCAAAACUAGCCCGGGCCCGUCAACAAACAUUCUCAUGGCUCAGCAGAACAAAGCUGUUCUGCCAAGGAUGAGGAAAAUUGAUGGUUUCAGGGUGGACUUGAAAUGUGAUAGCCCUGUUGGUAACCUAUCUAAUGCUAUAGUCGAUGCUGCAUUGUUCAUGGGGAGGUCCUUUCGUGUUGGAUGGGGGCCAAAUGGAUUACUUGCUCAUAGCGGCCUUCCUGUUAGAAAUAAUGGUUAUGAGAAGGGAUUAUCUUCUCUAGUUAACAUCGAAAGAGUUGCUUUUGAUCAAACUGUUAGAGAUGAGGAGAAAAAGGUAAAAGAGGAGCUGAUUGAUUUGCGAUUUAUUUCUCCCCUGAAUCUGCAUAAGUCAUUGGAAUAUGAAACAGUUAGCAUCCAGGUGGGUUCCUUUAACCUAAAGCUCCGGAGACCCAUUUGUAGUUCCUUAAAACUUCCAGAGGUUUGCAGGCAUUAUACUGAGAUUGUUGAACAGCAGUUCGAUGUUUCAGGAUUAUGUGCAUCUGAUCGUGUCAUUCUGAUGCAUCAAGUUAUGAUAUGGGAGUUAAUUAAGGUUCUAUUUUCAGAAAGAGAAGGUAGCAGUACCUUAGCACUCACCAGGGUUGAUGAUGUUGUAGACAUGCUUGCAGAUAAAAAGAUGGAACCAUUGGAUAUAGAACCAGAGGCAGAGCCAUUUGUUCGCCGUGCAGAGUUCAGUUCUUGGUUGCAGGAGAGUGUUUGUCAUCGUGUUCAAGCUGAAGUAAGUUGUCUAAAUGAUGGUGAUAACUUGAUUCAUAUUUUUUCGCUUUUGACUGGACGACAGCUUGAUGCUGCUGUGGAAUUGGCUGCAUGUCAAGGGGAUGUCAGAUUGGCUUGUCUUUUGAGCCAAGCUGGUGGAUCUAUGGUGAGCCGAUCAGAUAUGGCAUCACAGCUUGAGGUAUGGAGAAGCAAUGGUCUAGACUUCAACUUUAUUGAAAAAGACAGAUUACGACUAUAUGAGCUUCUUGCUGGUAAUAUUCAAGGGGCACUUCAUGAUUCAGUAUUAGAUUGGAAAAGGUACCUUGGGUUGCUGAUGUGGUAUCAACUUCCACCAGACACAUCAUUGCCUGUCAUUAUUGACACGUAUGAACAUCUUCUUGAUCAAGAAAUUGCUCCGGAUCCAGUUCCUGUAUAUAUUGAUGAAGGACUUCUUGAUCAAGCUACUGAUAUCAGUACAGGCGUCCAUUAUGAUUUGGCAUAUUAUCUUAUGCUUUUGCAUGCUAAAAAAGAGGAGACCUCUGGAGUGCUGAAAACCAUGUUCAGCUCUUUUUCUUCAACUUUUGAUGCCCUUGAUCACCAUAUAAUUUGGCAUCAACGUUCUAUAUUAGAAGCAGUUGGUGCUUUCAAUUAUAAAGACCUUUAUGUACUUGACAUGAGUCUUGUUUCUCAACUUCUAUGUCUUAGGCAGUGUCAUUGGGCCAUCUACGUUGUCCUUAACAUGCCACAGGAUUUAGAUGUUCCCGGUUUGCAUGCCAGUGUGAUAAAAGAAAUCUUAUUUCAGUACUGUGAAAUUUGGAGUUCACAUGAAGAGCAACGCAAAUUCAUUGAAGAUCUAGGAAUACCAUCAGCAUGGAUGGACGAGGCUUUGGCUAUCUAUUUCCAGUACUAUGGUAACCAGAUGAAGGCCUUCAAUCAUCUUCUUGCUUGUUCUAGCUGGCAGAAAGCUCAUUUAAUCUUUGUCAUAUCAAUUGCACAUUCCUUAUUUUUGUCCUCUGAAGAUUCACGGUUGUGGAAGCUUGCAACAUCCUUGGAAGAGCACAAGUCAGAAAUUGCAGACUGGGAUUUGGGUGCUGGAAUCUAUAUUGACUUUUAUCUGCUACGGGGUUCUUUGAGAGGGGAAGAUACAAUGCCUGAGUUGGAUUCUAUUGAUAAGAAGAACGUGGCCUGUAGAGACUUUUUCACACGCUUGAAUAAGUCACUGCUAGUAUGGGGAAGCAAAUUGCCUUUAGAUGUGAGGGCAACCUAUUCAGAGAUGGCAAAUGAAUUGUGCAUGCUACUCAUGUCCAGCAAUGGGGAGAAAUCUACCUGUGCUAAUCAAUUGAGCCGGUUCAAUACUCUUCUUGGUGCACCCAUACCAGAAGACCAAAGGUUUUCUCAUAUGCAGGAUGCAGUGUCGGCUUUCACAUUUUGGCUUAAAGAAGGCGUCUUGGCAACAGAUUUAUGACCUGAAUGGUAGCUAAGCUUUUAGAAAAAAGUCUCUCUCUCUCUCUCUCUUUCUCCCCAUCAAAUAUGCCCAAGCACAAAUGCCACUUACGGUUGACUGGAGAAGAGAAACUUUUAUCCUUAUUAUGCCUGAAAAUGAUGGAGACAGUGCAUGAUAUCAUCUUUAUUCGGCAACAGCAUACUCUGGGGAAACGGCACAACUGAUUUUAAUCUUUGUUCGAGUGAGACAGGUGCCAGUGAAAUAGAAAAUUCUUCCUCUUCGUUUUCCUUGGGAUGGUGCUUUUGGCACAUCAAAGCUCUGCAGAGGAUAUAUUAUUUGCGAAAGGUUUGAGUCGCCAGGUUGAAACCAAGCGACUCGUAGGAUCUUCAGCUAGAUGGCUUUUCUAUCUUGAAGCUGUAUAGGCAGCUAGACUUCAGUGAGUCUCUGUAAGAUUUAAGAGGUGAUCAAUGUUGUACCAUAGAAUAUUUUGUAAUAUCUUUGUAGGUUCUAUGGUAAUCUCUGUUUUUCCUGCUCAGUUUUUCAAUGGAUUGGUGGAUAUUUGCAUAUAAUUGAUAAUUGUUCUUCAGCUUAA